AUGUUCAUCGAAAGUUUUAAGGUUGAGAGCCCUAACGUAAAGUACACAGAAGGUGAGAUUGAAUCUGUGUACAACUAUGAAACCACUGAGCUGGUUCAUGAGAACAAGAACGGCACUUAUCAGUGGGUUGUCAAACCCAAAACCGUAAAAUAUAAAUUUAAAACUAACACUCAUGUCCCUAAAUUGGGGGUAAUGCUGGUGGGAUGGGGUGGAAACAACGGCUCAACCCUCACCGGUGGUGUUAUUGCUAACAGAGAGGGUAUUUCAUGGGCAACGAAGGACAAAAUUCAACGCGCCAAUUACUUUGGGUCCCUCACUCAGGCAUCAGCCAUCAGAGUGGGGUCUUUUCAAGGAGAGGAAAUAUAUGCCCCGUUUAAGAGCAUGCUGCCAAUGGUAAACCCUGAUGAUAUUGUGUUUGGAGGAUGGGAUAUCAGUAACUUAAACUUAGCUGACGCCAUGGCGAGAGCUAAAGUGUUGGACAUCGAUCUACAAAAACAGUUGAGGCCAUACAUGGAAUCCAUGGUUCCACUCCCUGGAAUCUUUGACCCUGAUUUUAUUGCUGCCAAUCAAGGAGACCGUGCCAACAAUGUCAUCAAGGGCACUAAAAAAGAACAAGUUCAACAAAUCAUCAAAGACAUUAAGGAAUUUAAAGAAAAGAGCAAAGUUGACAAAGUGGUUGUCCUUUGGACAGCCAACACAGAGAGGUACAGCAACGUAGUUGUGGGAUUAAACGAUACCGUCGAAAAUCUGUUGGCUUCUUUGGAUAGGAACGAGGCUGAGAUUUCCCCUUCCACUUUGUACGCUAUUGCUUGUGUCAUGGAAAAUGUUCCUUUCAUUAAUGGAAGCCCGCAGAACACCUUUGUCCCAGGACUGAUUGACCUAGCCAUCAGAAGAAACACUCUAAUUGGAGGAGAUGACUUCAAGAGUGGUCAGACCAAGAUGAAAUCUGUGUUGGUGGAUUUCCUUGUUGGGGCAGGCAUCAAGCCAACAUCAAUAGUAAGUUAUAACCAUCUGGGAAACAACGAUGGUAUGAAUCUCUCAGCUCCUCAAACCUUCCGUUCCAAAGAAAUCUCAAAGAGUAACGUUGUUGACGACAUGGUCAAUAGCAACGCCAUCCUCUAUCAACCUGGCGAACAUCCUGACCAUGUUGUUGUUAUUAAGUAUGUGCCUUGCGUCGGGGACAGCAAGAGGGCUAUGGAUGAGUAUACUUCAGAGAUAUUCAUGGGUGGGAAAAACACAAUAGUGUUGCAUAACACCUGUGAGGAUUCACUCUUAGCUGCUCCUAUCAUCUUGGAUUUGGUCCUACUUGCUGAACUUAGCACUAGAAUCCAGUUUAAAGCUGAAGAUGAAGGUAAAUUUCACUCAUUUCAUCCUGUUGCCGCCAUCCUCAGCUACCUGAGCAAGGCCCCUCUUGUUCCACCAGGUACCCCAGUGGUGAAUGCAUUAUCAAAACAGCGUGCUAUGUUGGAAAACAUCAUGAGGGCUUGUAUUGGAUUAGCUCCUGAGAACAACAUGAUCCUGGAGUACAAGUAG